UUAGCGCACCACCACUAGUUCUUAUAUUCUGCAAAAACAAACAUCUACUUGGUUUUAUGGCCGAAAGAAAAAUGAAAAUUCUUAGCUUUGAUUCAUAAUGCAGAGAACUGAAAAUCGACGUUGCUUUGUUCGGUUCCCACACUUGAACUGAAAACGGGUAUUUGAAGGUUUUGUUGGUGCAGUUGUCGUUGUUUUUUCUCCCCUUUUAUUAUAUCUAUCUCAUUUGGUUAGUAGAACACUAAAUCUCAUUCAAAUCCCAUUUGGGGUGUACCAUCUUGUAAUUCUCUCGGAUUUUGGCAUUUUCUGUGUUGGAGAUUAACAUAUCCACCAGAAUUACCUUCUAUGCGUGUCGUUACUCUUCGAUCGCAUCAUAACUAGUGUUUUAAAAAAAAUAUCUGAGAUAAGGUUUUGUUUUUGUUGUUGCGGUUGUGGUCGAAAAUGGAUUGUGAGAACAUGUCUAAAGGUAAGUGAUUUUUGUUGUUUCACCCACUCACACCACGUAAGUGGUGAUUGAUGAAUGUUGAUUGUGAAGAAACAUGUUGAAAUCCGUUGUGGGUUGCUGCAAGGUGUACAUAUCAGAGAGCAGGAACAGAAUUGCGUUGGAAUCAAUAGAACAAGCUUCCAAGCUUUUCCCUUUGGCUCCCAUAAUCAACAAGUUCGAGGAUGUGACCUACAACAGAGUUGGCUACACCCUUGUCUCUGAAAUGGGUGUUUCAGGGCCAUCUCACCUGGCAAAUGCUGUGUUAGCAAUGGUGAAGGCUGCUUUUGACACCAUUGAUUUUGAGGUUCACUCUGGUACUCAUCCUCGACUUGGUGUUGUGGAUCACAUUUGUUUUCACCCCUUGCUUGAUGCUUCCUUGGAUCAAGCAGCUACCACUGCUAGGUGUUUAGCCACGGACAUGGGUUCUACUCUUCAAGUUCCCACUUAUCUAUAUGGAGCAGCUCAUGAAGAGGGGAGGACACUUGAUUCAAUCAGAAGAGUAUUUGGUUAUUUUAAGCCAAAUUGUAACGAAAAUCAGUGGAUUGGGGGGCUAAAAUCAGAGUCUUUACCACUGAAUCCUGAUAGUGGUCCUUCUCAAGUAACACCAGCAAAAGGUGUUGCUGUGAUUGGAGCCACCAAUUGGGUUGAUAACUACAAUAUCCCUCUAUUGUCUUCUGAUAUUAAUGCAGUUCGGAGAAUUGCCAAACGGGUGAGUGGAAGAGGUGGUGGACUUCCCUCUGUACAGGCCAUGGCACUUGCACAUGGUGAAGGUGUCAUUGAGGUGGCUUGUAAUUUGUUGGAUCCAAAUAAAGUUGGUGGUGAAAGAGUACAAGAAGAAGUUGAAAGCAUAGCAAGGGAAGAUGGUGUUUCAGUGGGAAGGGGAUACUACACAGACUUCUCACAGGAUCAAAUAAUUUCAAGUUACUUCAAGUUGUUUCAAAACAGAAUAUGAGGUCAUUCAAUCCUGGUCUUUUGGCAUAUAAAAUUGUUCUCACAACAGAGACACUUAGUUUUUGAUUGUCAGUUUUGAGAUACUGUGUGGUUUAUCUCCAUAAAAGAAGAAGAAAAACCUGACUUUAAGAUGUCAUUCUAGCUUCUAACUUUCCAAUGAAAAAUGUUCUGUAUAAAAAACGUAAUCGUAAUCACUGAUGCCUUUUAUGCAGUUGAGUACUGGAAAUACUCUUCAUAA